AUGUCUACGAACAUCAAGGUCGUCUGUCGAUUCCGGCCGACGAACGCUAUCGAGCAGCGGGAGGGCGGAGAGAUCGUAGUCUCCUUCGAUGAUAAUCUACAAACCGUCCAAGUGCGAUCCGCACAAUUGAGCUCGGGCCCGGAGAAAGAUGGUUUUACGUUCGACCGCGUGUUCCCUCCAGGGACCAAGCAGCACGAGGUCUUCGAUUACGGAGUCAAGGAUAUCGUAAAGGAUGUUCUUGAUGGCUAUAACGGCACGAUCUUUGCGUAUGGUCAGACUGGUAGCGGAAAGACAUUCACCAUGAUGGGUGCCGACAUAGAUAACCCUGAGCUCAAAGGAUUGAUACCCCGUAUAACCGAGCAAAUAUUCCAGUCUAUCGUGGAAUCAGAUGCGCAUCUAGAAUACCUCGUGAAGGUCUCGUACAUGGAAAUAUACCUAGAGCGGAUUAGGGACUUGCUUGCUCCCCAGAAUGACAACCUGCAGGUUCACGAAGAGAAGUCGAAGGGCGUGUACGUGAAGGGUCUCUCCGACUUCUACGUGAGCAGUGCGCAGGAAGUGUACGAGAUCAUGAGGCAAGGAGGUGCAGCUCGUGUUGUUUCCUACACUAACAUGAACGCGGAGUCGUCUCGAUCACAUUCCAUCUUCCUCAUUACAAUCAACCAGAAGAACACCGAGACCGGUGCACAGAAGACUGGUAACCUGUACCUUGUCGAUCUUGCUGGUUCUGAGAAGGUUGGCAAGACCGGAGCAUCCGGUCAGACUCUGGAGGAAGCCAAGAAGAUCAACAAGUCUCUGUCGGCUCUCGGUAUGGUCAUCAACGCCCUGACGGAUGGCAAGGCUAAACAUAUCCCAUACCGCGACUCCAAGCUCACCCGUAUCCUGCAAGAGUCACUCGGUGGUAAUUCACGAACGACUCUCAUCAUCAACUGCUCUCCCUCAUCCUACAACGAGGCUGAAACCCUCUCCACCCUGCGCUUCGGUAUCCGUGCAAAGUCCAUCAAGAACACCGCCCGCGUCAACGCGGAGCUCUCACCCUUCGAGCUCAAAGCUCUUCUGUCCAAGGCGAAUGCCGCCAACUCUUCGUAUCAGAAGUACAUUGCUGCUCUGGAAGCCGAGCUCGCCAUCUGGCGGUCUGGUGGACAGGUCGACCAGGCGGACUGGGCUUCCCCCGAGAAGGCUGGUGCCCCGGCGUCCGCCGCCCCCAAGAAGUCAGCGACUGCUUCCCCGACACCGUCUGCGACUCGGAGCCAGACACCUGUCAACCCUUUGCUCCAGGAUCUCCGGAGCGAUUUGGACAGCCGUCCACAGACGCCCACAGUUGUUGGUUUGGACAAGGACGAGCGCGAGGACUUCUUGAAGCGCGAGAACGAGUUGAGCGAUCAGCUCGCGGAAAGGGAGUCCGCGCUCAAAGCGGCAGAGAAGCUGGUGUCGGAGCUCAAGGAGGAGCUCACAUUCCUCAAGGAGCAGGAGACGUCGCUCUCGGCGGAGAACAAGUCGAUGUCAGGCCAGCUGAACGAACUCCGUCUGCAGGUCGAGAGGCUCAACUACGACAACAAGGAGAGCAUCAUCACGAUCGACAUCCUCAAGGAGCAGAACCAGGACGCGAAGGGCGAGCUCGAGGAGCUCAAGAAGACCAUCGCGGACCUCAAAGCUGCCCAGAAGGAUGCGUCAGCGGAGGACAAGGAGAAGCGCAAGCAGGAGAAGAUGGCGCUCAUGAUGGCCAAAUUCGAUGCUCAAGGUUCCUUCUCCGAGAAGGACGAGCAGCUGCGCCAGAUCCUCGCCAAGCUCGAUGCCAUCGACUCGGACGCGGCCGUCGCCACUCUCACCCACGAGGACAUUGUCUCCCUCAGGCGGCGCUUGGGCGACACCCAGGGCCUCAUCCGCGAGACCGUCGACCGGCUCCGGCAGGUGCAGGAAGAGAACGAGAUGCACCAGCGGAGGCGUGACGAGCUUGAGUCACGCAUCGCAUCCCUCGAGGCCGAGUAUGAGGAGCUGCUCGAGAAGACCAUCCACGAUGAGGAGAACAAGCUCGAGGCGCAGUACGCUGCGAAGCGUGACGCUCACGCCGGCGAAGUCCAGGAUCUCAAGCAACAGCUCGAGAUCAGGGGCAACGAGAUCCGCACUCUCAACGCAACGAUCGAUAGCCUGAAGAGCGUCAACGAGGAGCUCAAGCGUGCCUUUGCUGUCACCUCGGCUGGUAUCGAGGGCGGCAAGAACCUGGCAGAGAGCGCGCAGGACUUAGAGCGCACCCGGAAGGCGAUCAGCGUGCAGCUUGCCGAGUUCGAUGGUGUCAAGAAGUCGCUCAUGCGCGACCUCCAGAACCGAUGCGAGAAGGUCGUCGAGCUUGAGAUCCAGUUGGACGAGAUCAAGGAGCAGUACAACAACGUCAUCCGCAACAGCAACAGCAAAGCGCAGCAGAAGAAGAUGGCCUUCUUGGAACGCAAUCUAGAGCAGCUCACCAUUGUCCAGAAGCAGCUCGUCGAUCAGAACUCAGCGCUCAAGAAGGAGGCGGGCAUCGCUGAACGGAAGCUCCUUGCACGCAACGAACGGAUACAGAACCUCGAGGCGCUCCUGCAGGAUGCCGACCGUCGGUUGGCGGUGCAGAACCAGAAAUUCGAGGCUCAGUUACAGGCGGUGAAGGAGCGGCUCGACCAGGCGCGGGCUCAGAAAGCCGCCUCGUCGUCGCCGUUAAGCUUUGGCCGGAUCGCCAAGCCGUUGCGGGGCGGCGGAGGCAACGCCGCCGCUAUCACGAGCACGGGGCCGGCGUCCCCGAGCAUGGCGAACCCUUUGGCAAGAGUGCAGGCCGAGGACUCUGGCACCGCCAAGCGGCAAUCGUGGUUCAACUUCAAUGCACGAUAG